AUGAAUACAGUAGAUGGAAGAAAGAAAAACACAGGGCGCAAGAAGAUUGAUAUCAAGAAAGUUGAAAAACAAUCCAACAAACUAGUGACAUUCUCAAAAAGAAAACAAGGUUUAUUCCAAAAAGCAACUGAACUUUGUGCCUUGUGCGAUGUUAAUAUAGCCAUGAUUAUGUCUUCUCCUGCUGAUAAACUAUUCGCUUUCGGUCAACCCGACACCGACACAGUCCUCAACAACUACAUCAAUGGAACCACUGAGUUUGAAGAUGAAAAGUCGAAUUCUUCGAUCUAUGAAGCGUAUAAUAGAGAAUAUGAAGAGGCAGUUAAGAGGUUGGAAUUGGAAAAGAAGAAAUUAGUAGAAACUGAAAAAUCGGCUAGGGUUUCGAAUAGAGGUGAAUGGUGGAAUGAUUCUAUUGAUGAUAUGAAUAGGGAACAACUUGAACAAUUUAUGGUGGCGAUUUAUGAGUUUAGGAAGAAGCUUGCUGAAAAGGAACAUGAACAUUUUUGGAUCAUUGCAGGGGCUGGUUUUGCUUCAAACCAGAUGUUUUUAUUUGGACAAAUUGACAUGCAAAUCAAACUAGUAGCAGGUGAUUCUGCAGGCACAGUCUUGGCCUUUUAUCUGACAUCUGAUCAACCAAAUAGAGAUGAAAUAGACUUGGAAUUUCUAGGAAACGUCUCUGGCCAACCAUAUAUUCUUCAAACAAAUAUUUAUGCAGAUGGAUUUGACAAUAGAGAGGAAAGGAUUCAACUGUGGUUUGAUCCCACAAAGGACUUCCAUACUUAUUCUGUCUUGUGGAAUCUGCACCAAAUUGUGUUCAUGGUGGAUACAAUUCCCAUAAGAGUGUACAAAAACCAUGCAGACAAAGGAGUAGCAUUUCCUAGAAGGCAACCAAUGAGUCUAAAAGCAACCCUUUGGAAUGGUGAUAGUUGGGCAACAAGAGGUGGCCAAGAUAAAAUUGAUUGGAAAAAUGGACCUUUUAUAGCUUCAUUUAGAAACUAUAAAAUUGAUGCUUGUGUGUGGAAAGGGAACCCAAGAUUUUGUAGAGCCUCAAACUCAAACAAUUGGUGGAACCAAUAUAACUUUAGCUCAUUAACAUCUAUACAAAGAAGGUGGUUUAAAUGGGUUAGGAAAUAUCAUUUGAUUUAUGAUUAUUGUCAAGAUAAUGAAAGGUUCCAAAGUAAUCUUCCUAGGGAAUGUUCUCUGGAGGAUGAUUGCUUGUUUGGUUUCUUUCUCUCUAAGUUUGGUUUUCUUUAGUUUCAAAUAAGAUGUGGCUUUUAUUUCAUGUUUACUGCCAAAAGGUCAUAAGUUGGCUUUAAUUUGCCCACUAUGAUAUAAUCUA